GGGUGGGAGCCCUACAUGGAAAGUCAAGAGUCCCACCCACUGUACUCUCUGCUUAAAUACAGUCAUAACAGGGACUGGUCUGAAGUAAUACGUCUUCCAGGAAGAGACAGAAAGCAGACUAAAAAAGCCAUGAGCUACCCUGGAUACCCCCCUCAGGCAGGCGGCUACCCUCCACAGCCUGGUGCUUACCCUCCACAACCUGGUGCUUACCCACCUCAGCCUGGAUACCCUCCACAGGCUGGGGGCUAUCCUCCACAGGCUGGUGGUUAUCCCCCCCAGGCUGGCGGCUAUCCCCCACAGGCUGGUGGCUAUCCUCCGCAGGCUGGAGGAUAUCCGCCACAGGCAGGAGGCUACCCACAGGCACCACCACCAGGCAGUUGGGGCGGUGGCCCUACCGGUGGAUAUCCCUCCAUUGGUCUCGACAGCUUAUCCAACCCUGGAUACAACGCUGGCAUGGGCAGUCAGAGCUCUGCAGGCAUGGGGGGUUUUACUCCAAACCCAUCCAUGUACCCCCAAGCCCCUCGGGGGUACCCAUCUGGCCCUCAGCCUAUCGGGUAUGGUGCCUCCGUCCCUAACCAACAGUCAUAUGGCCUGUACCCACAGCCAGGAGGGACCAUGCCCCCAAACCAAGCUCCUGGUAUGGGCUACCCUGGUCAGCCUGGCCAGCCAAUGCAAGGAUAUCCCCGUGCACCAUCACCCAACCCACCAAUGGCUGGUUAUGGAGGAGCACCCGCACCUAACCCAUCAAUGCCUGGUUAUGGAGGAGCACCAGCACCCAUGCCAGCCUACCCAAAUCCGUCCAUGCCAGCCUACGGAGGAGGAGCCAUGCCGAUAGCUCCAGCUAUCAAUAGAGGAUUCAGGGGAACAAUCAAGGACUAUCCUGGAGCUGACCCACUUAAAGAUGUGGAGGUCCUGAGGAAAGCCAUGAAGGGCUUUGGAACUGAUGAGCAAGCUAUCAUCGACUUACUGGGGAGUCGCUCCAACAAGCAGCGCGUACCUUUGCCCCGAGCCUACAAAACGUCCUAUGGAAAGGAUCUGAUUAAGGAUCUGCAUUCAGAACUGUCUGGAGACUUCAGGAAGCUUGUCAUGGCCACUUUGAAGACCCCAGCUGAGUUUGAUGCCUAUGAGCUCAACAGUGCCAUAAAGGGAGCUGGAACUGAUGAAGCCUGUCUGAUAGAGAUCCUGUCUUCUCGCUCUAAUGCUGAAAUCAAGGAGAUAUGUCGCAUUUACAAACAAGAAUACAAGAAAUCACUCGAGGAUGCCAUCAGUGGAGAUACCUCAGGCCACUUCCGCAGGCUCCUGAUUUCUCUUUCCCAGGGUAAUCGUGAUGAACGUGAAACUGUUGACAUCUCUCUGGCUAAACAGGAUGCUCAGGCCCUGUAUUCUGCUGGAGAAAACAAGCUGGGAACAGAUGAGUCCAAAUUCAAUGCUAUUUUGUGUGCCAGGAGCAAACCCCAUCUCAGAGCAGUGUUCCUAGAGUACCAGAAGAUGUGUGGCAGAGAUAUCGAGAAGAGCAUCGACAGGGAGAUGUCCGGAGAUCUCGAGAGUGGAAUGUUGGCAGUGGUGAAGUGUAUUAAGAACACACCUGCCUACUUUGCUGAGAGACUUUACAAGGCCAUGAGGGGAGCUGGGACCAAAGACAGAACCCUGAUCCGGAUCAUGGUCACCCGUUCUGAGGUUGACAUGCUGGAUAUCCGCCAGGAGUAUGUCAAGAACUACGGCAAAUCACUGUACACACACAUCUCUGGAGACACAUCUGGAGACUACAAGAAGCUCCUACUGAAGUUCUGUGGGGGCAGUGACUGAAAAGGAACCAACGUGUUACAACAUUAUUGAAACAUUUUCUAUAAAUAUCAAUCUCUUUGCAAUAUCUAUAUGCACUAUACACAAACUGCAAUGCUGCAUGCCAUGCCAGUGCUCAUAAUGUAAUGUUUACCUUGUUUUACACCAAUAUUACUUCAUUUUGUUUUGUUUCUUCCAUAUACAAUAUGCACCAAAGGUUUUAUAUUUUUUCACUUGUGAUAUCUUUGCAGGAUAUUUGAGUUUAAUAUACAUGGCCAUACAAUCAAGAUAUUUGUAUCUUUUUAGAGCUAUACUUUUUUUUAAGACAUUGUAUAUCAAUUGUGCCAAAAUGAUUAGAUAUGUAAUAUCUGGCAAAAAAUUUUUUUAGCCAAAGUCGUAAUGUUCAGGAACACUGAAUAAAAUGUGGGACAUAGAAUACAUAGCAGCUAAGUACCAAAGUUGUCUAUUAAUGUUUGCAAUCGUAUAAUCUCUUCUAUAUAUUGUCUACACUUAAAUUUUUCUUCAUUGUAGCUGUGCUGUAUAUGCAGCAGAUGUGUUAAUUUGUGUACCGUAUAUCUGUCAUUGAAGCAUGUAAAGCUCAAGCAUUACAUUUCAUAAGUUGUGAUUUUAUCUUUAGCAGUCUUAGAAAAUAAAUACUGAGUACACACACU